AUGGCUUCUCUAGGCCAUUCACGGGCGAGCAGCGUGGCUACAGCAGGGUCGCACUCCUUGGGGAGUCCAGGCGCAUUCAAUCAUGGCUCAAUACCGACUAGCCAUCGAGGGAGUGACUCUCCCUCGAAGGCUUCACUUCCACAUAUCGACGAUGUUAUUGCUCCUCCUCAAGACCUCGACCCUAAUAUGUCGGCCCGGAAGCUUCUCGAAACGGCCGAAACGGCCUUACGACAAGCCGAGAUGUCUCGAGACUUUCGCAGACCAGCCAUUGCUCUGAAGGAAUACAUACGAGCCUCCAUCAUCGCAAUUCAAACCAUCACCAAACACCCCGACUAUCAUGAUCUCAAAGCCAACCAUGCAGAUUUCAGACGGGCUCAUAUGAACCUGCUCAACAAGAUUAGCGACCAGGAUCCCAUAUAUGCUAAAGUUAAGCAAGACAUCAUCGCAGACAACAAACGAUCAGGCGUACAGCCACGGAUAGUCCGGUCGAACUUAUCGCAGGGGGGAAGUCGGCCCCAGACUCCGUUAGGGUUGACAGCGGAUGGAACCAUGUCGCCGUCAAAACCUCGCUUUAACGGGGCUGUCACCAAUGGUUCUCCUGCUCGAUCAAAGCCGACAAUUCAACCAAAACCUCAGUCUCUGCAUGGGAACGCUAUCAGAACGGGGGUGCAAAAGGAAACCAGGCCAGUAAAUCAAGAUCUUGCUGCCAGAUUCGCCAACCUAAGAGGCCCGCAAGCAUCGCCCGGGCAAGAUCCUCGUAUCAAGACACACCACAUACCACUUCCAAAGCCAAUGGGCCCUCGAGAGAUGCCUCCUCCUCGACCACCGAAGGUUGGCAUUGACACAAGUGUGCCGACUCUACCAAAAAUGCCCGAUGCAAUCUACAGCCCUGCUCGUGGAAGCAUUUCAGGAGAGGUAACAAGGCCACCCUCAAGUACACCGCGCAGCUUGUAUCGUACAGCCUCGACAGCUUCGGGCCCUGGGACACCUAACGCCUCAUCGCAGUCGCAGCCUGACUAUUUCGCCCCAACGCAAAGCUAUUCCAACAACUCUAUCCCUCCCGCCCCUCCGAGUAAUCUGACCAGUCCCAUCAAGAUUCCUGAUGGACAUACCAUUUCCCCCGAAGAGUUGUACCAGGCCAUGAAAGCCAAAGGCAGAAUUCUGAUAAUAGAUAUUCGAAUGCGUGAUGAUUUCAACGAUGGACACAUCUUGUCGUCGUCAACAAUAUGCAUUGAGCCUAGCAUUUUGCUCAGAGACAACCCCUCCGCAGACGAUAUUUCUGAAAGCUUGAUCCUGUCGCCCAACCAGGAGCAGUCUCUUUUUGAGCAGCGUAAUCUUUACGAUCUAGUAGUUUUCUAUGAUCAACACUCUAAAGAUGUUCCUCAACAGCCACGAAAUCAGGAUGAUAUGGCAAUCAUCUCUCUCCACCACGCCCUAGUUCAUUUCAACUACAUGAAAGAACUCAAGAACACGCCAAAGAUGCUUGAAGGAGGUCUAGAUGCAUGGAUUGACCUAAUGGGACAGGCGUCACUAGGAUCGACCACUUCAUCCGUGAGCAGAUCAGGGCAACUGGACCGAAACCGAAACCGACAAUCAGGCAUCGAGCGGGUGAGGUCCAAAUAUAUCGUCAAGCCUCUCAAACCAGACGAAGUCAAGGUCUGGCAAGAAACACUCAAGCAUGAUGAUGAUAUGCAAACGGCAUCGUCGCCGAAUUUUACACGUACUACCGAAGACUUUUUGAGAAGAUUCCCACCAGUGUCCCUGGAACAGGAGUCGAUGGUUUCUCCGGAGGAAAAGCCGCAAAAUCGAGCUGUCUACGGGUUAUCUCACAAGGUAGAUCUAUAUACAGACUUGCCUUCGCCGCCCACAAGACCAGCGCCUGCUCUUCCACGCCGUAGCUACAGUGGCCUCACUGAGGGGCGCGAUGAAAAUGAGCUUUACGGAAACAACAACACGGUUGUACCCGCACGACCAUCAAGAGUGCCGACCAUGAAAUCCUUGGAGCACCAGUCGACGGGUGAUUCAAACAGAUUCUACACUGGGCUUAACAAUCCCCAUAACUGGUGCUACGCAAACAGCACACUUCAGAGCCUUCUGGCUUCGCCCGAUUUCGGUAAGAUGCUGGCGAAUUCGGAAUGGACCGCCAAAUACAAAGCCCCGAGAAAACAAGAUGAAAAGAUCGACCAUCCCCAACUCAUGAUUCGCAUCAUCUCGAACCUGUUCCACUGGAUGAACUCGGGCAAGUUUCAAAUUAUGAAGGCUCAAACACUCAUGGACUACUCACGGCAUCUUUGCGAACAGAGUCGGAGUAUUGAGCAGUUUGGCGGAUCUCAACAACAAGACGCUCAGGAGUUUAUGAGUUUCAUUCUGACACACCUCCACGAUGAGACCAACACACGACGAGACCGACAGGGCAACAUCCCACAACCGGACACUUCUCGCCAAACACUGUUAAAAGCCGCUAUGCAGUUCUGGAACAACCACCUCGAAUACAACCAAUCUAUCGUUGACCGCUUCUGGCGUGGUCUUGAAUUAUCAACUGUCGAGUGCCUCGAAUGUAGCACACGUACCUACAUGUAUACCACCUUCGACCUUAUCACCGUUACGGUGGGCAUGGGCCGUGGUAUGACUCUUGAGCAGGCUUUUGACGAGUACGCCUCGAGCAGCCCUAUUGAAGACUUUGCUUGCGCUCGUUGCUGCCGCCCGACUCACGCUCAACAGAGUCUCUCGUUUGCUCGCUUUCCCACCCUACUCUGCGUCGCGUUUCGCCGCUUCAACUACCAACCGGCCACAAGAGACACCCGCAAGUCUACUGCGCCUAUCACGUGGGACUUCAACGACACCGACUUCACUCGCUACUUCCUCCCUCGAGGUGCUCGCGAGUCUUCAUCCGGUACCGAUCCCAUGGACCCUUCCUUUACAGGACCCUUCCGCUACGAGGCUUACGCAGUCAUUAUUCACACCGGCAGUCAAAUUAAUAACGGGCAUUAUCUGGCGUAUGUGCGCGACUAUACGUCUCAUGACCCCUAUGCUUGGUACUGCUGUAACGAUACCCGUGUGACAAAGGUUCGCAUUGGAAGUGGAGAUCGCGAUGAUGUUCAGGAAGAGGUUUUCAAGUCCGGUCGAGAUAAAGUUCCGUACUUGGUCUUCUUCCGCCGCAAGGGCAUGCGCUGA